AUGUCACUGGUGGACCUUGGGAAGCGGCUGCUGGAGGCUGCGCGGGCAGGGCUGGAUGAUGAUGUCAGGACCCUCAUGGUCAAUGGCGCUCCCUUCACCACUGACUGGGUAAGGGUCUCCCUGUAGGGAUACUCACAUCUACACAAUUUCUGAUUACACACUCUCACACCUCAUGUAGCCUAACACAGAGAUAUUGUUCCUCAGAUCUCUUGCGGUACAUCACAAAUCUACCUAUGUUGCAGGGCUGGCUUCUUUCACACAAUCCAGACACAGUGUUGUAGGGACUGGGUCCUCAUAAAUCAAACUGUGUGUUCUAGCUAGGGACGUCCCCGCUCCAUCUAGCGGCUCAGUACGGACACCACUCCACGGCUGAGGUGCUUCUCCGAGCAGGCGUUAGCAGGGAUGCCCGGACCAAAGUGGACAGGACCCCACUCCACAUGGCGGCCACAGAGGGCCACUCCAAUAUAGUGGAGCUGCUAGUCAGUGUAAGGGCAACCAAAUGUAAAGCUGACAGUAUUCAGCUGUUUAUAUGAAAAACAUAAUAGUUUUAGUUUUAGUAAAGUGACUGAAAAACAAAUGUUAUUUUAUGUGCCAUGUUGAAUGUCCACCACCCACACUUUGGAAUCUAGGCUACCCGUCUCACUUUCCUGUCUCUUUUCCACCACUGGGGGGCGUGCUGUGCUUCCUGGCAGAGCGGAGCAGACAUCAAUGCUAAGGACAUGCUGAAGAUGACAGCCCUGCACUGGGCGGCCCAGCACGGUCACAGAGAGGUGGCAGAACUGCUGCUCAAAUAUGGAGCAGACGUCCACUCCCUCAGCAAGUUUGACAAGACGCCCUUUGACAUCGCCAUGGACACCAGCAACACUGAGCUCAUGAUACUGUUACAGGUGAAGGGACUGUGUGUGUUUUGUAUUUAUAUGUCUCUGAUGUUCAUUUGUUUUCACAAAAAUGCCCUUAUGUCUGUCUAAGAACACGCAAGGGAAGUGAACACAAAUAAUAAGAAAAAUCUAAACACAUGCAAGUAUGUGUUCUUAUCACUGGUAUAUGUAAUACGUGUUGAGGCCCUGAAGAUUAAACUGUUGCCCAUUAUGUGGGAGGAACUGUAUCUGUGUUCUUGUGUUUUGUGUAUGUACACAGGAUGGCAUGCAGAACCAAGUGAACAUGAACCCAGAGCCCCAGUUCAUCAUCUCCUCUGCUGGAGUCGUGAACCUCUCUGACCUCGUCAACACCACCGCCAAGUCAGGUAUGGGCAACUGGAGCACAGGUUACAGUAAGUUAGGUACAAAUUAAGUAGACAUUUAUAAUUGAUAUAAAUGGGGAACCUUAGUAACACCUGACCUCACCCAAGACAAUUCUAAAUGGGAUGACUUGAUUGAGAUUGAGGUUUUGCAUUGUUUUAUUAUUCCAGGAGAAUCUGUCUCUACCACCUCAGUCCUGGCAACACUGGCAGCCCUGGCAGAAGCCUCCGGUCCCAUGGGUAACAAUGCAGGUAAGUGAUGUCUAUGCAUAACCAUGAGGAUAACACUACACAUUACUCUGAUGAGCUACUCAUGUUACAAUUAAUAGUACUUUCAUCAUAUUCUAUAAAAUGAUGAUACCUCUGUGCGUUAGGGCAAACUCAGAUCUGUAUGACAGUUCUUAGAGUUACUUACCAUUGCAGUCUAUCUUUCCCACAGGCAAAUCUGAGGAUGCGAUCGCUGCAGAUUCUGUGGACUCUGCCAUUCAGCAUGUAGUGGGCGAUGGAGGUCAGAGGGUCAUCACCAUAGUGACGGACCAACACGGCAACCUGCAGCCAGCGGGCCUUGGGCAGCAGUUCUUUGUCACUAUGCAGGGGCAGCAAAGUAAGUAGGAAACCACAGCCAUAUAUAGCCAUUUAUACACUCAGUGGCCAGUUUAUUAGGCACGCCACCCCGUUCACGAAAAUGGUUCGUUCCUACAGACAGUGUGGCCGUGGCUUGCUAUAAAAAGCAGGCAGACAGGCAUCGAGACAUUCAGUUACUGUUCGAUUGACUGUUGACUGAAUGGGCAUAAUGAGUGACCUAUGCUACUUUGAGCGUGGUAUGAUCGUCGGUGUCAGGCUCACCGGUUCCAGUAUCUCAGAAAUGGCGGGCUUCCUGGACUUUUCACACGUGACAGUGUCUAGGGUUUACAGAGAAUAGUGCGACAAACAAAAAACAUCCAGUCAGCGGCAGUCCUGUGGGCAAAAACUCAUUGAUGAGAGAGGUCGAAGGAGAAUGGCAAGAAUCGUGCAAGCUAACAGGUGGGCCACAAACGGUGCAGUACAACAGUGGUGUGCAGAACGGCAUCUCGGAACGCACAACUCAUCGAUCCUUGUCAUGGAUGGGCUAUUGCAGCAGACGACCACACCGGGUUCCACUCCUAUCAGCUAAAAACAAGAAGAAGUGGCUCCAGUGGGCACGCGAUUACCAAAACUGGACAAUUGAGGAGUGAAAAAACAUUGCAUGGUCCGACCAAUCCCGUUUCCUGUUGCGUCAUGCUGAUGGCAGAGUCAGGAUUUAGCAUAAGCAGCAUGAGUCCAUGAGCCUCAUCCUGCCUGGUGUCAACGGUACAGGCUGAUGGCGGUGGUGUAAUGGUGUGGGGAAUGUUUUCCUGGCACACGUUAGGUCCCUUGAUACCAAUUGAGCAAUAUUUGAACGCCACACCUUGUAGAAUCCAUGCCCUGAAGAAUUCACUGUUCUGGAGGCAAAGGGGUGUCAGACCCGGUACUAGAAGGGUGUACCUAAUAAACUGGCCACUGUGUGUAUGUUUAUUUACUUGACAUUGUGCUCAUGUCAGCCUUUUUCAAGACAUUACAAUGAAUGCAUUCAUCAGUUUGUUGUGUUUUGUUUCUGUAGUGGUGGCAGUCCCUGCUGGUCAGAUCACAGAGGAGGUGGUGGAACAGGAGCCUUAUCCCUCUCCGGCACGCAAGAGGAGAAUAGAGGCUGCAGCCAUCCUAACCAGACCCAAAGACAAGGUCAGCAAAGGUCGCCAUAUUUGUUGCUUGGCAUAAUAUUCUGAAAUAUUUUCUCUCUUGUUACUGUAUGUGUCCAUUGUUCUCAGAAAGCGAAGUCAGGGGACAGCAGUCGGGAGCAGCUCCAGAAGCAGCUGCAGGAGGCCAACCGGAAGGCCCAGGAGUACCGCACACAGCUCCUACAGAAGGAGCAGGAGGCUGAGCAGUACCGCCUCCGACUAGAGGAGGCCAUAGAGCAACAACAGAGCAACAAUACCAGCAAUGCUACUGGUUCUACCAGCAUAGGUGUCCAGGAGGGAGAGGAGGAGGUGAUCCAAAUGGAAAAACAACCAGAGACCGAGGAGAGAGUUGUAGAGGAGGACAAAGUGGAAGGGGAGGAGGACGUCCCACUUCGAGGAGACGCCAUUCUGGUUAAAGUGGAGGAGGAGCUGGAUUCAGGGGAGGGAGAACAGAUAACAGUGGAUGAGACCGAGGAAACGGAGAAGGCUUCAACUAAGGUCACAACAACCCCCAAAAGGGGGAGAGGGAGGGGACGAGGACGUGGAAGGAGGCGGUAG